AAAAGAGAAGAAGAACCAGAUGUAAAAGCCUAUAUGCUCACUGCCCCCCUUGAUUUCUCACACUGUAAACACCAUCGGCAACAACUUUUGAACAGCCCAUCAGAUACACUCACUCGGUCACUCAUCACACGCUUCACGGUACCAGUCUAGUACUCCACCUUUCUGCACGCACUCCCACACCACACACACUCUGUGAUUCUCUCGCUCUACCUACAAGACACAGCGCAUUGACGACUGAACCGGGAGUCCAAGACACAACACAUACCAGCUGAGAGAGAUAGCACUGCAUCAGUCCUUUUCAACAACUUUCAGGAUGGGCGUGGCGACGGUGACGGAGCUGAAGCAGAGCGUCUCUGCCGGGAAGAAGACGUUCCGGACGAGCCUGAGCAACCGCCACGCCAACGAAUGGCCUCCGACGGACGUCUCCAGCGACCUGACCGUGGAAGUCGGCACGUCCAGCUUCGCCCUCCACAAGCUGCUGGCGCAGUUCCCGCUGGUGUCCCGGAGCGGCAAGAUCCGGCGGCUGGUGGCGGAGGCCAGCAAGGACGCGAAGCUGGCGCGGCUGGCCCUGCACGGGACCCCCGGCGGCGCCCCGGCGUUCGAGCUGGCGGCCAAGUUCUGCUACGGCGUCCACGUGGACGUGACGGUGUCCAACGUGGCCAUGCUCCGGUGCGCGGCCCGCUACCUGCAGAUGACGGACGACUUCUCCGACAAGAACCUGGAGCACCGCGCCGAGUCCUUCCUCCGCGACGCCGUCUUCCCCAGCACCGCCAGCUCCGUGGCCGUGCUCCGCACCUGCGAGCCGCUGCUCGUCACGGCCGCGGAGGACGCCCAGGGGCUCGUGUCGCGCCUCAUCGCCGCCAUCGCCAACAACGUCUGCAAGGAGCAGCUCGCGUCCGGGCUGCUCUUCAAGCUUGACCACGGACACCACCAGAGUAGCAAGUUAGUCCUCGGAGAGCUCGACUCGCCGGGGGCCGGAGCUGACUGGUGGGGCAAGUCGGUGGCCGGGCUCGGGCUCGACGUGUUCCAGCGCCUGCUGUCCGCCGUCAAGUCCAAGGGGCUCAAGCAGGAGACGGUGACCCGGAUCCUCAUCUACUACGCGCAGAGCUCGCUGCACGGCGGGCUCAUGGCCAGCAGGGACAUUACCAUCAUGUCGCAGCAGCAGGCCGGCGACACCACCGAGGCCGUGAAGAAGCAGCGCGCCGUGGUGGAGACCAUCGUGGGGCUGCUCCCGACGCAGUCCAAGAGGAGCCCCGUGCCGAUGGCGUUCCUGUCGGGGCUCCUCAAGACGGCCAUGGCGCUGUCGGCGUCCGGCACGUGCAAGGCCGACCUGGAGAAGCGGAUCGGCAUGCAGCUCGACCAGGCCAUCCUGGAGGACAUCCUCAUCGCCAACGCCAACAACGGGUCCGCCGGUGGCGUGGCCUCGCCGGCUGCUGCUGCCGCGGCCGUGCAGCACACGAUGUACGACACGGACGUGGUGGCGAGGAUCUUCGCGGUGUUCCUGAACCUGGACGAGGACAACAGCGAGGAGGACGGCGGCGGCGGGUUCGACUACGACAGCCCGCGGUCCCCGAAGCAGAGCCUGCUGGUGAAGGCGUCCAAGCUGCUGGACAGCUACCUGGCCGAGAUCGCGCUGGACUCCAACCUGGCGCCGUCCAAGUUCAUCUCCCUGGCCGAGCUGCUCCCGGACCACGCCCGCCUCGUCACCGACGGCAUCUACCGCGCCGUGGACAUCUUCCUCAAGGUGCACCCAAACAUGAAGGAAGCCGAGCGGUACCGGAUGUGCAAGGCCAUCGACUGCCAGAGGCUGACCCCGGACGCCUGCAGCCACGCGGCGCAGAACGAGCGGCUGCCCGUGCAGAUGGCCGUCCAGGUGCUCUACUUCGAGCAGAUCCGCCUCCGGAGCGCCAUCCAGUCCUCUGGCAGUGGCCACGACGCGGCGCUCUUCUUCGGCUGCGCCGCGGCGGCAGCGGCCAACAAUGGCAACAACAACGGCAACAAUGUGAGGAUGAUGUCAGGGAGCGGGGUGGGGAGCGGGGCAAUGUCGCCGCGGGACAACUACGCGUCGGUGCGGCGGGAGAACCGGGAGCUGAAGCUGGAGGUGUCGCGGAUGCGGAUGCGGCUCACGGACCUGGAGAAGGACCACGUGAGCAUGAAGCGGGAGCUGGUGCGCGUCAACCCGGCCAACCGCCUGCUCCGGAGCUUCGCGCGCAGCUUCGGCAGGCUCAACACGCUCUUCCGGAUGCGCCCCGCCGCCGAGCCAGGGCUGCAGCAGCUCGGCGCCAAGGCCACCGCCGACGCCAAGGUGCUCUUCCAGCGCAGACGCCGGCACUCCAUCUCUUAGACCACCUGCUGAAUUGCUGAUCGAUCCAUCACUGUUUCAGCACUUCUUCCCGAUUUUUUCUUCCUCUUUUGUGUGUAUUCUGUUGAUAAAAUGGACUAUGAUAGCGUGCAGUUCAUGUAUGGAUUUUGGAUGCUCAAAUGUGCAGACUGUUUGCGUGUGUUGA